AUGCUGUACACAGGCCAGCUCCCCUGGCUGCUUGUUGUAUUUCUAAUAUUUUCAGGAUUAAAUUGUGAAUCUGAAGAUCAUGCACAAGGCAAAAAGAAAAGAGACAUUACAAAUGACCAGCCCCGCAUGACUUCAGAUAACGGGAAUUUAAUUUUCCACACCGGGAAUUACAAGAACAUAGAAUUCAAGACGGGGUCAUCCGGAAACGUGAGAAUAAAUGAUCAGGACCUGACACAACUUUUGAAUCAGAUCAAGAAAAACCAAGAUGACAUCACAUCAAUUAAAAAUACUGGUUCUCAAAAUGUUUCCAACCAAAUCAACCAACUCAAUACAAGGUUGACAAGCCUGGAAGGAAAGGUACAGACCUUAGAGCAGACUGUGCAAAGAAAGAACUGUGGCAGCAAUCCAUGUCAGAAUGCUGGAACAUGCUUGAACCUGUUGGAUGCUUUCUAUUGCAUCUGUCCAAACAACUGGCAGGGGCCAAUUUGUUCAGCAGAUGUCAACGAAUGUCAGAUUUAUGCUGGAACACCACUAGGCUGCCAGAAUGGAGGGACCUGCACUAACACCCCAGGAGGAUACAACUGUGUCUGCUCUGCAGAAUGGUACGGUCCACACUGCACUUCCCGCUAUGAUGACUGUCAGGGUGGAUCCCAGGCUCUGUGUGAACACGGCAUCUGCAUUGAUUCAGACAGAGUGCAGCCGGGACAGCCCAAAUACAAGUGUAUCUGUGACAAUGGCUGGAUGUCCCCCCCUGGUAGCCCGGCCUGCACAGCUGACGUUGAUGAAUGCAGCCUUCCGGACCGGCCCUGUUCAACCAACCCUCCCGUCGAGUGUUUCAACACCAUGGGCUCCUACUACUGUGGGCCCUGUCCAGCAGGUUGGCAAGGGAAUGGUUACAGCUGCCAGGACAUCAAUGAGUGUGACAGCAACAAUGGUGGAUGUUCCACGUCUCCAAUGGUUCAGUGUUUGAACACGAUGGGAUCCUUCCAUUGCGGACAAUGCCCCCCAGGUUACGAGGGAGACGGCAGAGUCUGCACUCAGGCUGACAUCUGUUCUGUGAAUAAUGGUGGAUGUCACCCACUGGCCUCGUGUGCAAGCAAUCCAGGUAGUAACCUCCCGACCUGCGUGUGUCCUCCUGGAUAUACUGGCAACGGUUAUGGGCAGAGUGGCUGUGCUCCUUUCAGUGACAUCUGCCAGGAACAGAACCCUUGUGUGAAUGGCCAGUGCAUUAGCACUACAUCAGGUUAUAUUUGCAACUGUGAUCCAGGAUGGGCUGGAGCUACCUGUAACCAGAAUAUUAACGAAUGUACCAGCAACCCGUGUCAGAACGGGGGGACCUGCACUGAUGGCAUCAACGGCUACACCUGCACUUGUACCCAGUCUUGGACUGGUCCACAGUGUCAGACCCCUCAGCAAGUGUGUGGUGGAUAUCUCAAUGGCUUGGCAGGUACAUUCAGCUAUCCCAACACUCCUGGAAGUGACGAGUAUGAUCACCAGGUCAGCUGUGCUUGGGUUAUCAGGACCGACUCAGACAAGAUUCUCCGUAUUACCUUCCCGUUUUUCCAUUUGGAAAGCAGUUCAGGCUGCAACUAUGACUUCCUGCAAAUCCAUGAUGGGGAUUCGGCUUCUGGCUUCAUGAUCGGCAAAUACUGUGGCACUGCCGCCCCGGCAGAGCUCUUUAGCUCCCACAAUUCCUUGUACUUUUGGUUCCGCUCGGAUCACUCCAUCAAUGCUGGUGGAUUUACAGUGGCUUGGGAGUCACGGGAGCCGGAGUGUGGUGGUGAGCUGACUGGCACAUACGGUUCCAUUAACUCACCCGGGUACCCUGGCAACUAUCCACCCAACAGGGACUGUUAUUGGACUAUCUCUGUCAACCCUGGCCUGCUCAUUACAUUUUCCUUUGGGACUUUGAGUUUGGAACAUCAUGACAACUGUAACUAUGACUACCUUGAGUUUAGAGAUGGACUCUUGCCAGAGGAUGCUGCCCUUGGUAAAUACUGUAGCACCGGAUCCCCUCCUCCACUGCAGACGACUGGGCCUUAUGCAUGGGUCCAUUUCCAUUCAGACUUCACUAUAUCUGACAGAGGCUUCCACAUCACUUACACAACGUCACCAUCUGAUCCUGGCUGCGGAGGGACAUACGCAGACAGUGAGGGCAUUAUCAUCUCUCCCAACUGGCCUAAUCCUUAUGCCAACAACAGGCAGUGUGUGUACAUCAUCAGGCAGCCAGCCGAUGAACUCAUCUACCUCAACUUCACCAACAUAGACCUCGAGUCCCACAGCAGCUGCAGCUUCGACUAUGUUGAGGUGCGGGAUGGAUCCUCAGAAACUGAUGCGUUGAUCGGCAAGUACUGUGGCUCUGAACUUCCUGCUCCGAUGACAUCCACUUCAAACAGGCUGUGGAUCAAAUUCAAGUCUGAUGCAUCCAUAACAAAAGGAGGAUUCCGAGCUAUAUACCAAGUCGCUUGUGGAGGAGUCCUGUCCGGUGCAGGUACUAUUCGCACUCCAUACCAUCCCAAUGCCUACCCCCAUGACAAGACAUGCGCGUGGGUCAUCACGCAGCCCGCCGGACAGGUGGUCACCCUGAACUUCCUCUCAUUUGAUAUUGAGAGCCACGGCUCCUGUGCUUUUGACUAUGUGGAGCUCAGGGAUGGCGCCACCGCCAGCUCCCCCCUGAUUGGUAAAUACUGCGGCACACAAAUCCCAGCCCCGGCCCAGUCCACACAGAGGUCCAUGUACAUCCGCUUUGUGACGGACUCCUCUGUCACCAACUUUGGGUUCACAGCCGAGUACGGGUCAGCAGAAGCAGGUUGUGGAGAGACUCUUACUGGACCUACUGGAACAAUUACUAGCCCAGGCCACCCAACAAACUACCCACAUGGAGCCAACUGCACAUGGUACAUCUCUGUUGUGCCCGGGCACAUCGUUCGCCUAACGUUCACUUCGUUUAAUAUGGAAUUCCACCAUAACUGCGACUACGAUUAUGUUGAAGUGUAUGAUAAUGGCACUGUCGCUACAGGAACGAAACUUGGAAGAUAUUGUGGAAGAUCAGCUCCCCCAUCACUUACCAGCACUGACAACAUGAUGACCCUCCUGUUUGUGUCAGAUUCAAGCAUAUCCACAGAGGGCUUCUCUGCCAGCUAUGUGUCCAUCAAUGCCACCACAGACUGCGGAGAAGUGUACACUGCACCCACAGGGACACUAACAUCACCCAACUACCCCAACAACUACCCCAACAGCCGACAGUGCAUUUAUAAAAUCGUCGUCGAGACAAACCGUCAGAUCAUGCUGAACUUCACUGACUUUAUACUGGAACACACCUACCCCUCUUGUAGUUUCGAUCAUAUUGAAAUUAGAGAUGGAGGGUAUGAAACAUCCCCAUUGAUCGGCAAAUAUUGUGGAAGGUAUACCCCACCCCUUGUCAUCUCCCAUAGCAACAGACUGUGGAUAAAAUUCUCUUCAGAUGUCACCGCGACAUACAAAGGCUUUAUGGCACAUUGGGAUGGGACAUUGUCAGGUUGUGGUGGAACCCUGACUACAUCCACUGGCAGUUUUACCUCCCCUAACUACCCCUUGCCCUACCACCCCAAUGCUGAAUGCUACUGGCUCCUGAAGACCAACCCUGGCAGUCAGAUACAGCUUCAGUUCAGUGACUUCCACCUGGAGUCCAGCACAAACUGCAUGUAUGACUACCUUGCGGUGUAUAAUGGCAACAGUACCAAUGCCAUGCCGUUGGCUAAACUUUGUGGCAAUCUGAUUCCUGCACCAAUUCAGUCCACCUGGGAAAGCCUCUUUGUCAAACUGCGAACUGACCAGUCUAUUGGGGCAGGAGGUUUUGUUGCAACAUAUAAUCAAGUCUGCCAGGGUGUGGUCAUUGCCAAUCGCAGCAAGGGUGUCUUGGAGAGCCCCAACUAUCCCAAUGCUUAUCCCUACGGCAAACGCUGCAGCUGGACCAUUCAGGCUACAGCUGGCAACACUAUCAAUUACACAUUCACUGCAUUUGACCUGGAGGUUUACUGUACUUAUGACUAUAUUAAGCUUUAUGAUGGACCAAACAACCAGUCUAAUCUCAUCGGCACAUUCUGUGGCAACACCCCUCCCCCUGCAAACAGCACUACUGGUACCAGCCUGCAUGUGGUCUUUGUCUCUGACCCAUCGGUGUCUCAUAGCGGCUUCCAGAUGCUUUGGUACCAAAAUGGUUGUGGUGGGGAGCUGUUUGGCCCUCACGGCUUAUUCAACAGCCCUGGCUACCCCAGCAGGUAUCCUGACAACAGAGAGUGUAUCUGGCACAUCCAGGCCGCCCCUGAAAGCAGCAUUCAAAUAACCAUCCACGAGUUUGAUGUUGAAUAUCACCCUGACUGUAGCUAUGAUGUCCUAGAGGUGUAUGGAGGCCCCGACGUGUCUUCUCCGAGGUUAGCCCAGCUGUGCACAACACGUCCCCCCAACCAACCCCUGCAGGUCUCCAGCACGGGAAACUUUGUCACGGUCCGCUUCAAAACUGACCACUACAUAAGCGGGAAGGGCUUCAAUGCAAGCUGGCAGGAAGUCCAAGGAGGUGAGGGGGAACACAGGCCACUGUGUUAGGCAAGAAUUGUAAUUUGUUCAUACAGCAUUCAUGGUUUUCUGAAGACCUGUUUAAAGCUGUUCUUGUUCCUUCACCUGCAGGUUUAUGAUGGACCGAACAGCCAGGCUCCGCUGCUGGGGAAGCUGUGUGGUCUGGACAGGCCUACACCAAUCACCUCAACUCAAAGCACCAUCUAUGUACGCUUCCGAUCAGACAGCAGCAAUAACCAUAAAGGCUUUAGCGCUGGAUUCUCUGAAGCUUGUGGAGCCGUCAUCACCACUGAUGAUAUUGGUGGAGCCAUUGCCUCGCCUAUGUAUCCUAAUAACUACCCCUCUAAUCAGAACUGCAGCUGGAUCAUUCAAGCCCAAGAGCCAUUCAACCACGUUACAUUGUCUUUCACCGACUUCAGUUUAGAAAACAAAAAUGGUAACUGCACAACGGACGUGGUAGAAAUUUUGGAUGGAAAUAACUACGAGGCACCAUCAGUAGGUCGCUACUGCGGUACUGCUGUCCCACACCCUGCCACAUCUUUCAGCAACGCACUGGUAGUGAACUUCAUUUCCAAUGGUCAAGACUCGGACAAAGGGUUCAGAGCAACAUAUGGGGCCUCCACAUCAGCAUGUGGAGGUGCAUUAUACAUGGAAACAGGAGCCUUCAACAGCCCCAACUAUCCUGAUACCUACCCAUCAAACAUUGAGUGUGUCUGGAACAUCCUGAGCUCCCCUGGCAACCGCCUGCAGCUCUCCUUCACAAUGUUGCAGCUCCAGCCCAGUCCGAACUGUGUCAACGACUACCUGGAGAUCCGGGAAGGAAAUGCCACAGGCCAUCUGGUGGGGCGCUUCUGCGGGAAUUCCCUUCCUGUCAACUACACCUCUGUCAUCGGACACAUCCUGUGGGUGAAGUUUGUCUCGGACGGAUCGAUAGGUGGUGCUGGCUUCAGGGCGACAUUCGCACACUUGUAUGGAAAUGAGAUUACCGGAUCAGCAGGACAGAUUGCCUCUCCACUUUGGCCAAGGGAUUACCCUGACAAUGCAGACUAUCGCUGGACCAUCACAGUCAAUGCUGACUAUUUCAUCCGAGUUUGGAUCUUUGAGAUGGAUGUUGAGGACACGUACGAAUGUUACUUUGACAAACUGAAGAUCUUUGAUGGCCCAAGUGUUCAUUCUUACCAGCUGGGGACGUUCUGUGGGCUCCACCCUCCUCCCCCUGUCAGCAGCUCGGGCAGCUCCAUGACUCUGGAGUUUCAGUCCGAUGACUCUGUCAGUGGGAGGGGCUUCAUGCUGGAGUGGCUUGCGAUAGAGGCCUCUGGGGCCCUACCCACCAUAGCUCCAGGUGCCUGUGGAGGUGCUCUCAUGACCGGGGACUCCCCCUCUUUCCUCUUCUCUCCUGGCUGGCCCAGUGACUAUCAGAACAACCUGGAGUGCACCUGGGUUAUCCGCUCUCCAGACUCCACUGUAGAGCUCAAUAUCCUUUCUGUGGAUAUCGAAUCCCACAGCAGCUGCUUCUACGACAGUCUCGUCAUCAGAGAUGGGGAAACCAACGUGUCACCAUUACUGGCCACUAUUUGUGGCAGAGAGCUCCCUGGACCAAUCCGAUCUACUGGCGAUGCCAUGUUCAUUCGGUUUACUGCUGAUGGCAGCUAUUCCGGAGGAGGGUUCAACGCCUCGUACCACAAGAGCUGCGGUGGUCUUCUGCAUGCUGACAGAGGUGUUCUCACAUCUCCCAACCACCCCCAGACCUACACUCCUAACCUGAGCUGCUCCUGGCACGUGGCUGUGACCAGCGGGCUCACUGUAGCCGUGCACUUUGAGCAGCCAUUCCAGAUUCAAGGUUACGGUACAGCUUGCAGCAGUGGAGACUAUCUGGAGUUGAGGAAUGGCCCUGAUGCCUCCUCCCCACCUCUGGGCUCUAGCAGUGAAAAUGGCCGUUACUGUGGUUCAGCUACACCCUCCACCAUGCACACCACAGACAACCAGCUCUUCCUUCGCUUCAUCUCAGACGGCUCCAACGAGGGCCAGGGCUUCAAACUCACAUACGAGGCUCUGAGCCUGGCCUGUGGAGGAAACAUUUAUAUGAGUGAUUCAGACCCGUCUGGAUAUAUCACAUCCCCCAACUAUCCUAACAACUACCCCCAGAAUGUGGACUGCUCCUGGACCAUCACUGUCCCCAACGGAGAAGCUGUUCAGCUGGACUUCGAGGGCGAGUUCUACAUUGAGCCUACAGCCAGCUGUUCGUAUGAUUACCUGGAAUUGCGUGACGGUGCGAGUCCCAGCGCCCCUCUGAUUGCCAAGAUCUGCGGACAAGAACACCCCUCCACCCAGAAAUCCACAGGCUCUGUCAUGUACCUUCGAUUCCGCACUGACAGCAGUGUCACACACAAGGGAUUCAAAGCCAAGUAUUCCAUAGCAACUUGUGGCGGCAGGCUGAUUGGACAAAGUGGUACUUUGCACAGUCCUGGACACACUGAAUCCAAUUACCCUGAUAAUUCUCAGUGUGAGUGGUACCUACAAGGACCAACUGGUCACUACCUCACAAUAAGCUUUACUGCACUGGACCUCCAGGAUUCUACAGACUGCAGUAAUGAUUAUGUGGAGGUCAGAGAGCACAAUGCAACUGGGCGACUUUUGGGUAAACACUGUGGGAACAUUCCACCCUCUCCUGUAGACACCUCUGACAGCUAUGCCUAUGUGAAAUUUGUCAGUGAUGCUUCUGUUAGUGCCUCAGGAUUUAGUCUGCGGUUUGAUGCCAGUGUUGAAGAGUGUGGAGGUGACCUGAAUGCAGCGUCUGGAACGAUCACCUCUCCCAACUACCCGAACCUGUACCCACACAGUCGGGUGUGUGAAUGGAGGAUCACCGUGCCAGAGGGCAGACGGGUGACUCUCACCAUCAAUGACCUGCGAAUAGAAGAGCAUCAGAACUGCAACUAUGAUUAUGUAGCUGUAUAUAAUGGCAUACUUCUUAGUGCUCCCAUGCUGGUAAGGUACUGUGGAGACGUAGAUUCUGGAACACAAGUGAAGUCAUCAGGAAACACCAUGGCAGUGAUUUUCGUCACAGAUGCUUCCGUUUCCAAUGGUGGUUUCAGUGCAGACUACACUUCAGAUGAAGAAGCUGUUUGCGGCGGUAUCUUGAAUGUUCCCGAUGGGGGGAAUUUCACUUCUCCUGGGUAUGAUGGUGAGAGUAGCUAUGCCAAUAACCUGAGCUGUGAAUGGAUCAUCCAGAACCCGUCUCACUUGAACUCCUCCAUAUCCAUCAGUUUUGAUGACUUUCACCUGGAGCACCACCAAACCUGCGAGUGGGACUACAUUGAGUUCAGAUUCGGCAAUGCUAAUGGGGAGUUGCUAGCCCGGUUCUGUGGACAGUCUGUCCCCGCAGUGCCACUGGUGGUUUAUGCCCCUCAGAUCUGGGUGCACUUCUUGUCUGACUACACUAUGGGGGAUAUUGGGUUCCAUGCCAAAUAUGCAUUUACAGGCUGUGGCGGUUUGCAGACUGGAGAAAGCGGAGUUGUUGCGAGUCCCAGCUACCCAAGUCCUUAUGACAACGUGAACCGCUGUGCAUGGUUACUGGAGGCACCUGAAGGUCACACUAUCACUCUCACUUUCACCUACUUUGAUGUGGAGCCACACACGGAGUGUAUGUGGGACUCUGUGACUAUAAUGAAUGGUGGCUCCUCAGGAUCACCUGUGAUUGGACAGUACUGCGGUACCAACUCACCGGGAACUAUCCAAUCAGGCUCUAACAAACUUGUGGUGGUGUUUGUCUCUGACCACAGUGUUCAAGCAGGUGGAUUCUAUGCAACUUGGAUAACAGAUUCAUCAGGCUGUGGUGGCACUAUCCAUGCAGAUAGCGGUACUAUCAAAUCACCGGGCUACCCUCAGAACUUCCCAACUAACAGUGAGUGUACAUGGAGGAUCAUUGCCCACGAAGGCAACCAUUUGGAAAUGAGCUUCAGCAGUGAUUUUGAGAUUCCUGACAGUAGCGGACUCUGCCAAAGCAGCUAUGUAAAGGUGUGGGGAGGCCCUGCUGAAGUGGAUGAAAGGCUGCUGGCAGCAGGCUGUGGGACCGCUGCCCCAGCGUCGCUCGUUGCGCCGGCCAAUAUGAUAACUACUAGGUUCCAGACUCAAGGCCUUGUUGGGAAGGGAUUCUCAGCUGCAUACACCACCCGCUGUGGUGCUAACUUCACUGCCCCUGCUGGACGUGUUGUGUCACCCAACUACCCAGAGCAUUACCCAAUCAACAGCAACUGCAAUUACCUCAUUGAUGCAGGCAAUCAGAAAAUCGUUGUCUUGCGUUUUGAGACAUUCCAAGUAGAAUCCCAUUCAACCUGUACUUAUGAUGGACUGAAGAUUUACAGCGGGACCACAAAUACAGGAUCCCCAAUAACAACACUGUGUGGCUCUCAGAUUCCCGGUCCAUUCACUACUGCUGGCCCAAUGCUACUGAACUUCUACUCUGACUCUGUAGUCGUUUAUAGGGGGUUCCUGGCUAAGUAUGAGGUGAUCCCCUGUGGUGGUAUUUUCAACCAGUCGACUGGUACAGUCAGCAGUCCCACGCAUUCAGUUUCUGACUACCACAGCAACAUGAACUGCACCUAUCACAUCAUUGUUGGAAACAACAGGGUUGUCGAGCUAAAAUUUAAUUCCUUCCACCUCGAGGCCUCCUCCAACUGUGCCUAUGAUUAUAUAGCUGUCUAUGAUGGAGCAAACACCCUGGCCCCUCUCUUGGGCAAGUUCUGUGGCACGGUGAUCCCUUCAACUCUGCAGAGUUCCUCAAACAAUCUGUUCCUGGUGUUUAAGACAGACUACUCCGUCAACGCAGGGGGCUGGAGGGCCACCUUCAGGCAGACUUUAGGACCACAGCAAGGCUGUGGUGGCUACCUGACCUCUCCUAGUGGCUCUUUCGGCUCUCCUGACAUCGACUUUGAUGGCAAAUAUGAAGCAAGCCUGGACUGUGUGUGGAACAUUGUGGUUCCUCAAAACAUGAACGUCAAUCUCACAUUUUCCAACUUCGUCCUGGAAGGGCCUUCUGGAACAAUCUGUAGAUAUGAUUAUGUUAAGGUGUUUGAUGGAGACAAUGAGAACUUCCCACUCGUUGGCACUUUCUGUGGCAACACUGUACCGGCUUCUUUUGCCUCCAGCAACAACUUCCUGACAGUGAAGUUUGUCUCAGAUAGCUCUGUCAGUUUCAGUGGGUUCAACGCUACCUACACAGCUGUGGAGUUGACUUGUGGUGGGUCUCACAAUGCUAGCACCACUCCUCAGACCAUAUCAUCUCCUACUUCCUCCAACCCAUAUCCAUCCUCCACCAACUGUCGAUGGACCCUGGAUGCACCUGCACAGGAAAAUGUCAAACUGUCUGUCCAGCGUUUCCACUUGCCACCCAGUCAGAGCUGUUCCCAUGACUACCUGGAGUUCAAGGACUGGCCUAUGGGUGAUUAUGGGCAGGUUCACAGAUUCUGCGGGACAGACACUACAAUCCUGGACUUCUACACAUACGGUCGUACGGUUAUGGUGACAUAUAAAUCUGAUCACUACUUGGCAGAAAACGGAUUCAGUGUAACAUAUGAGAUUGCAGGUUGCAGCAGAGAGUACAAUCAAACCUUUGGAUAUCUGAAGAGUCCAGGCUGGCCCGGCAUCUACCAUCAAAACCUGAACUGUGUCAUUAUUCUUAGAGCCCCACAAAACAACGCCAUCUCACUCUUCUUUGAUGCCUUUGAUCUGGAGUCUCACCCAACCUGCAGCUUUGACUAUUUGGAGAUCAGAAAUGGCAGCACUGCCUCUGACACACUGCUGGGUAAAUACUGUGGCCAGGCCCUGCCUAAUCCAGUCUUCCCAAACAGCAACCUGCUGUACCUCCACUUCCAAAGUGAUUUCUCACAGAGUCGCAAUGGCUUUGAGAUCACCUGGACCUCCUCUCCAAAUGGGUGCGGGGGCACACUGUAUGGAGACCAUGGCUCCUUUACCAGUCCAAACUACCCUGGAACCUACAAUAACAACACAGACUGUGAGUGGACCAUUGUAGCACCAGUCGGGCGUGUGGUUACAGUCAACUUUGCCUUCAUCAGCAUUGAUGAUCCAGGAGACUGCGUGAGCAACUAUCUGAAACUGUACGAUGGCCCAGAUGCAAGCAUACCCCCAGUAGGGCCGUAUUGUGGACUGGAAACGAAUAUCGCUCCCUUUACGUCUACAUCUCACCAAGUCUUUGUCAAGUUUCACACUGAAUACUCAACACUGCCAUCAGGAUUCAGGCUGAAGUGGACUAGCUAAAGAAGGGGAUUCUGCAGGGAGCAUGCAAGACGGGUUUCAAGACAUCAUGACAAUGUUGUUGGAUAAGCCGAAAAUGGACACAAAUUAAAAGUUGAGGUGUUUUACAAGAUGGAAAUUACAGUGCAUGGUAUCUCUUCUUUGCACUGCUGUUUCAAGGCAAAUUUUAACUGACCUUUCCUGUGCAAUCUUUUUAUAUCGUAUAUGAACUUCAGAAAUAGACUGUCGACUUAUGUUUAGAAAUUAUAAAAAAAUUAUUUUAAAUCAGUACUUUUGUUUAUAAAUAAAUUGAAAUGUUACUUUUGCAUCAUGUGUUUUUUUUUCAUUUAUUUUUUAUUAAAGAUGUUUUUGCAUGUGUGCUAUAUCUGUUCACUAUGCAUUGAAGUGUAAUGAACAUGACCUGCAAAAAUGGUGCCAUUAUCCUGUGGACUGACCAGCAGUGAUUACCUCAGUGAGCAUCAGUAAUUUCGUCAGUGUUGGAUUCAGAACCUGCCGAUGGAGGGGCUACUAUCAGCCCUCUUUCAAUUUGCCAGUCUUACGUAUCAUGACUGAAACUGACUUUCAACAUGGAGAGGCAGCUUUUAUAUAUUACAUAGUGUAUCAGAGAUAUCGUUAAAAUAUCAAAUUGAUCAGUAACGACGGGCUCAUUUUCACAACAAAAGUGUACUAUGUUUCAUACUGUGGUUUAUUACAGUUUUUUGUCAACAAAUGGUAAUACACUUGAUUUUUAAGGUUAACAGAAUGAUUUUAUUACAGUAGCUUUAAAG